GCUGCGGUGGUGGUGAGGUAUAUACGUCGCUCUCUUCAACCCGCUCGCAUUCCAUCGUCAUUUCUGUGAAGCGCUAAAUCUGCGUGGUUCGUUCAUGUGUUGGUGCAGGCUCGAUCCACAGUCUACUACUCGCCUGACAGACACGCUGCUCAUACAGCCAGGCUCUAUCUCCAGGACAUUUUUCAAGUUCAAAAUUACGAAUAAUUAUAGGAAAGAAAUUAUUUAACUCCGACUUGUGACUGAUUUAUACUUGUCUAAUUACUUUUAAGUACAUAAUUCACCAAAGAUUUUAUAGCACAGAUCAUCAGCAUAAUAAUGACAUAAUCCGCCAAUGGGAGUUGAGCUGUUGCAAGCAGGCAGUAAUUGCAUGAUAAUUGCAGUGUUUGAUAAUUGUGCUAAGCUAUACACACGGAACACGUUGCAAAACCGACGUUGAAGAGACGAAAACAUUUUUUUUUAAUUAGGACCAGCAGUUACAAGAUUCUUGAACUAUCCUCUAAGUCAUGGAGGGAGCACUAAACCCAUAGAUGUCAUACAGUGCCUCGGGGAACGGAAGGCAUUCAGGUUUGAUUCAAAGGAUUGGAGCAUUGGUCUAGUUCCUUCGGUCAAGAGACGCCUCACCGACAUCAAGGAACCUUUGAGGAACACGGUAGAAGCUAACACACGAGACAAGAGGCUUCCCAGCCUUUGAGUGACACAAAUAUGCUGCUAUGGCUGCUGUGUAUGCUGGCGUCUUGUGUGGCGGCGGCCUCCCCCAGUUCAUGCCCCAGCGUGUGCUUCUGUCCGCUGGAUCCCCGUGGUCGCCGUCAAGUGAUAUGUAACACAGGAGGCCUGGUCGACCCCCUUCCGGUGCUGGAGAUGCCUUCUGACGUAGAGGUGUUGGAGGUCGGGUCUCCACCAGGGCGACCCAAUGCCCUGACUCUAGGUCCAAUCUUCAAGGGUCAUCGACGUCUUGAGAUGUUGAGUGUAACCGGUUCUGGGGUGCCCGCAUUGGGUGCUCAUUCUUUCUGGGGCCUUCGACGUCUCCACACCCUUAAUGUGUCCCAUAACGCCAUUACUGCCCUUAUUGAUACCAAUUUUCGCGGUGCUGACAGCUUGCAUACGUUAGAUCUUAGCCAUAACCAAGUGGAAUCCGUGCCAUCGGCGGUGUUCCGUCAUAUUCGACACCUUCGUUACCUCAGCUUGGCUAAUAACCGUCUUCCGGAGGUCGUUCCCAGGGUACUGUACGGCCUCUCACUCUUAGAGGCGCUGGAUAUCAGUCACAAUCCCCUGGGAAUCCUGCCACCUGAUCGCUUCACCGACGCUCCCAAUCUGAGGGAGUUGAGAUGUGCUGCGUGUGGCCUUCAGGCUGUGACAGAACAACUCAUGAAGGCGCUGCCAGAGUUGCGUCUGCUGGAUCUUCGUCAGAACAGAUUGACGGAGGUACCGCCAUUGGCUCUAUCGAGGCAUUUAGUGACACUGAACCUUGAUAGUAAUCACAUAUCGGCACUGAUAUCUAAUGGUUUGUCUGGCCCACCACUCUCUACUCUCACUCUGUCCAACAACCGCUUGUCUACCAUGAGUCCACAAGCUAUGGCAAAUUCAUCUCUCACCUUCUUAGAUCUGGCAUACAACAGACUCACACGGCUUCGUUCUGACGCCCUAAGUGAUGGUUUUACUAGGCUGAGGUAUUUAAGACUCACUGCCAACCCAAUUAGAGUGGAUAAAUUGCUUCAAGUUAUUCCUCGAGCCAGACAGUUGAGGCACCUGGAACUAAGUGAACUGACUAUGACUCACCUUCCUGGGGACCUACUUCGGCAGUCACGACACCUCAAGAUUCUCAACGUGUCCGGAAAUUUCCUCUCAGAUUUUCCAGUAUCUGCAUUGUUCGCCACACCUCACCUGAUAACUCUGGACCUGUCGCACAACAACUUCCGAGGGUUGCAGCAAGACCUGGUCACUGCCUUUACCACCAUGGCAUCACUGGAGCAAGUCUGGAUGCAGGGAAACCCAUGGCAGUGCCAGCGAUGUCACGUGGCACCCAUGUUGGAUUGGCUGAGAGAUCCCAAUGCCUCUCACCACCCUCAUGCAGAGUCCGUAUGUCGGGAUAUGCCCAUAUCCCCACGCUGCCUGAGAUGUGCAGGGCCACAGGAACUAGUGGGCCAGGAAUUACAGCUUCUGAACAAAACCCACAUUCCUGAAUGUGUCCAGGAAGCCCCUGCCUGGCCAGUUUGGCUUGGAGGCGCCCAGAAUGACGAUCCACGCUCACACAACGAACAGCACCCACAAGAAUCUGCAGAAGAGGAGAGUUUCGACGUGUUUUUCGGGGACCAUAUGGCGCUGAUCGUGGGUGUCGGGUGCGGGCUCGUGCUGGCUCUGCUGUUGGUAGUAGCUGCUGCUUUCCUCUUAGCCAGAAGACAUUCGGCCUUGUAUUACACUCACGAACCCGCCGACCAGGACUCUUCACAAAAAUUGAUGAGCCGGAACAAUAAUGACAACAGUCCACCGGGACCAAGAGGCCCCCAGCGGACCCCGUAUACCUCACGAACUGGAGUUACUACUCCAUACACUGAAGCCUCCAUUGCUACCAUUGAGGAGGUAGACAGCAUCGCAGGCUCAUCUAUUGACCUAAAGGUCUGCCAGGAACUAAGAGCUCCAAGAAUUGUGCGACUAGCAGCAUCUCCCCUGCCAUAAUAUUAUCAGGCUCCUUGGAACAAGUCUUCAAGCAACUUAUCCUUAUUUUAAUAACGUCAGUUUUGGAAAUGGUGUCCAGUGUACUCAAUUUCUUAGUGAUUCCUAUUUUUCAAAUCCUAGUUCUUUUACUUGAAGUUAGGUUAGGAUAGGUUAAGUUAGAUAAGCUGUAUUACUUUGUUGCAUUAGAUUCCUUUAAUUCAGAUUACGUUAGGUUAGGCUACAUUAGGUUAGGAUUGAUUAUGUUAGGCUACGUUAUGGUAGGCUAUAUUAGAUUACAUUAUGUUAGAAUAGUUCACUUCAGGUCUGGUUAGGUUAGAUUGGGUUGGGUCACAUAAGCUUAAAAAAACAACAACGAAUAUUUGGCCACAAAUAAGUAAACUAAAUGAACAUUCAAUGAUAAAUUCUGGCCUUUUAGAACUCGUGGUGCAAGAAUUUGCUCCUUUAAUGGUUCCUUAAGAGAGGGACCUUGAUUA